AUGGGUGGGGAUGGGUCGGCGUUUAGUCGUGUUACCGGGCACUUUGUGGGCGCGAGGGUCAACAAAGGAAGGGCAAACGCAGCCGUUGUCGGGUCGCGGAUGGAGAUGGGUGUGGUGGAGGAGAAAAGAGGGAGGAGCUUGGGCUUCCCCGAGAACCAUGACCAGCUGGGCCUAGGGCGCUGCAUCGCUCCCAGGUUGCCCGGCUCCACGCCGACGCUGCCCCGGUGCAGCAGACUACGCUUUGGGAAACACGCUCGCCGCACCGUCAUCGUGAUCCAGACAAUGGUGCAGCCCUCUCGCUCAGCCAGCAGCCAGCCAGCACAAGCACAAGCACACGCAGCCCUCUCAGCCUCCAGCCCUUUCAGCCUCAUUUGGUCACCACCGCAGACCCUUGCGACGUCACCCAUGUCUCGUCUCCUCCAUCUCGGCCGUCGGCGCUGCGCAUGA